AAAGCGAAAAGGCGCGCUCCACACUCAGGCACAGCCUCGAGCCCUCCUCCCUCCCUCCUUUAAGAUGCCUUGCCCCGCUCCCCUCCCUUCCCCACCUCGCUUCCUCACCACCACCGCCGCCGCACCCGCACUAGUCGAUCACCACCGCGCCCGCGCGCACAGCAACAGGAACGCCGUCGGGAGUGGCGUCGCCGGGGAUGGCGAACGCCCGCGGAGGCGGGGGGCCGUCGCCGAUGCGGUCCCAGUCGGGGCGGCAGCGGGCGCCCUCGCGGGCGCUCUCGCGGGCGCCCACCCGCGCCUUAACCAUGCGCCCCGACGGGUUCUCCGGGGAGGACGGCACCGAGGGCCCGUUCAUGGAGGAGAGCGAGCUCGUGCCGUCCUCGCUCGCGCCCAUCGUCCCCAUACUCCGCGCCGCCAACGAGAUCGAGGAGGAGAACCCGCGCGUCGCCUACCUAUGUCGGUUUGCUGCAUUCGAGAAGGCUCACCAUAUGGAUCCAACCUCCAGUGGACGUGGAGUUCGGCAAUUCAAAACAUAUCUGUUGCAUAGGCUAGAAAAGGAUGGACAAGAGACAGCGCGCAAGCUUGCUUCAACCGAUGCAAAGGAGAUACAAAGGUUCUAUGAGCAGUACUGUAAAGAAUAUCUAGAGAAAGGUCACGAAACGAGAAAAUCGGAGGAGAUGACUAGAUACUUUCAGAUUGCGUCUGUCCUAUAUGAUGUUCUGAAAACUGUGGCGCCUGGAAUACAUCAUGCUGACUUUAAAGGCUUUGAAAAGGAUAAAGCUUCCUUUUCACAGUACAACAUUCUACCCCUAAAUAUUACUGGUUCAAGACAACCAAUAAUGGAAAUUCCCGAGAUCAAAGCAGCAGUGCGUCUUCUUCGUAGGAUUGAAGGCCUUCCAAUGCCAAGGACUGAAGUAUCCCAAAGCUCAGACGGAACGACGGUGUCUGAAGAGAUGGACAUACCCCAUGAUUUGCUGGACUGGCUCUGGCAAACAUUUGGAUUUCAGAAAGGGAAUGUUGAGAAUCAAAAGGAGCAUUUGAUUUUGUUGCUUGCAAACAUUGAUAUGAGAAAGGGGGGUAAUGUCCACCAGAGUGAAAGGCACCAUCAUGAGAUAGACAGUACUACAGUGAUGCACUUGAUGAAGAACUUUUUUCAAAAUUACGACUCUUGGUGUCAAUACUUGCAUUUGAAGUCAAACAUUAGAAUCCCAAGGGAUGCCUCCGCACAACAGGCAGAGCUUCUCUACAUAGGACUAUAUUUGCUGAUUUGGGGUGAAGCUUCCAAUGUUCGCUUUAUGCCUGAGUGUCUUUGCUAUAUCUUCCACCACAUGGCGAGAGAUUUAUAUGACAUAAUAUCUGAUAGAAGAGAAGAAUAUUUUGAUCCACCAUUUCGUAGAGAGGGGAGCGAUGAUGCAUUUUUGCAGCUAGUUAUUCAACCCAUCUUCAAUGUUAUGCGGAAGGAAGCUAUAGGGAGCAAACAUGGUACUGUGAGCCACUCAAAGUGGAGAAACUAUGAUGACUUGAAUGAAUACUUCUGGUCGAAAAAAUGCUUCAAAAAACUUGGAUGGCCAAUGGAUCUAGCAGCUGACUUUUUCGCAGAUCCUGCCAAACCUAAAAACGAAACCGAGAAACAUGAUCAUGCGAGUAGCAGACGAAGGGUAUCAAAAACAAACUUUGUUGAAGUCCGGACCUUUUUGCACUUAUUCAGAAGUUUUGAUCGAAUGUGGGCCUUCUUUAUAUUGGCUUUCCAGGCGAUGGUAAUUAUUGCCUGGAGCCCUUCUGGAUCACUUUCUUCUAUAUUUGACCCAGAUGUUUUCAGAAAUGUAUUGACAAUCUUCAUAACGGCUGCAUUCCUAAACUUCCUUCAAGCCACACUACAAAUAGUUCUCAACUGGAAAGCUUGGAGGAGCCUGGAGUGCUCACAAAUGACACGAUACAUCCUAAAAUUUGUCGUAGCUAUUGCCUGGUUGAUAAUUCUUCCGACAACAUACGCAAGCUCUAUUCAAAAUCCGACAGGCCUUGUGAAGUUCUUCAGCAAUUGGAUUGGAAAUCUGCAGAGUGAAUCCAUUUAUAAUUUUGCAGUUGCUAUUUACAUGUUACCAAACAUAUUCAGUGCCUUGUUUUUCAUAUUUCUACCAAUUCGAAAAACCUUAGAGCGUUCAAAUGCUCGCAUUGUUAGAUUUCUUCUGUGGUGGAAUCAGCCAAAGUCAUAUGUUGCGAGAGGCAUGUAUGAGGGCACAUGUUCACUUCUUAAGUACACAUCGUUCUGGAUUCUAUUGCUUAUAUGCAAGCUCACUUUCAGUUUUUAUGUUGAGAUUUCUCCUCUUGUUGGGCCUACCAGAACAAUCAUGUUUUUGGGAGUGGGGACUUAUGAGUGGCAUGAGUUCUUCCCGUACUUGCAGCAUAAUUUAGGUGUUGUGAUUACUGUAUGGGCUCCAAUUGUCAUGGUAUACUUCAUGGACACACAAAUAUGGUAUGCCAUUUUCUCCACCAUAUGUGGUGGAGUAAAUGGUGCUUUCAGCCGCUUGGGUGAGAUCCGAACCCUUGGGAUGCUAAGAUCAAGAUUUGAGGCAAUCCCAAUAGCAUUUGGCGAAAAACUUGUACCUGAUCAUGGCAGUCAGGUCAAAACACAUGAGGGAGCCAAAAGGUCGCACAUUGAUAAGUUUGCUGACAUAUGGAAUGCAUUUAUUAAUUCUUUGCGAGACGAGGACUUACUAAGCGAUAGGGAGAAAAAUCUAUUGAUUGUUCCAUCAUCUGGCAGUAAAACUAGUGUUUUUCAGUGGCCUCUUUUCCUUCUUGCUAGUAAGAUUCCAAUUGCACUUGACAUGGCAAAGAGUGUCAAGAAAAAGGAUGAAGAAUUGAGAAAAAGGAUAAAUCAGGAUCCUUAUACCAAGUAUGCUGUAAUAGAAUGCUACGAGACAUUAUUGGAUAUUCUUUACAACCUUAUAGCAGAAGAAAGUGAUAAGAAAGUUGUUGAUAGAAUACGUGAAAGCAUCGAAGAUAGCAUACAACGUCGGCAACUUGUGAAAGAGUUCCGAUUGGAUGAACUUCCUCAACUAAGUACUAAGUUUGAUAAGCUGCUAAAACUACUGGUACUGAAAGAUGAUUAUGAUGAAAAUGAUCCAGCAAAGACACAGGUCGCCAAUCUGUUACAAGAUAUAAUGGAAAUUAUCACGCAGGAUAUUAUGAAAAAUGGACAAGGUAUCUUGAAGGAUGAAGACAGCCAAAAACAACUGUUUGCAAAUAUAAAUCUGGACUGGCUAAAGUAUGAUGAUUGGAGGGAGAAGUGUGUUAGGCUUCAAUUGUUGUUGACAACAAAAGAAUCUGCUAUAUAUGUACCGAUGAACUUGGAAGCUCGGCGUAGGAUCACCUUUUUUGCAAACUCACUUUUUAUGAAAAUGCCAAGGGCUCCACCAGUCCGCAGCAUGAUGUCCUUCAGUGUUUUAACUCCAUACUUCAAAGAGGACGUGCUCUUUUUACCAGAGGAUCUUUAUAAAAAGAAUGAGGAUGGUAUAUCCAUACUGUUCUAUCUACGGAAAAUAUACCCAGAUGAAUGGAAGAACUUUCUUGAGCGGAUAAAAUUUAAUCCGAUGGUUGAAGAUGAACUUAAAAAGAUGGAUGAAAUCUGUCCUUGGGCAUCUUAUAGGGGUCAAACGCUCACCAGAACUGUGAGAGGAAUGAUGUACUACAGGAAGGCGCUUGAGACCCAAUGUGCUCAAGAUAUGAGUGAUCUUGCUAGAUUGGACCGAGAUAGAACAACAACAUCCUAUCAAGAGUCAGAGGCUGUUUGCGAAAUGGCACAAGCUAUUGCUGAUAUCAAGUUCACAUAUGUUGUCUCAUGUCAAGUCUAUGGCAUGCAAAAGAUAUCCAAGGAUCCGAAAGACCAAAAUUGCUAUCUGAAUAUACUUAAUCUCAUGAUAACGAACCCAUCAUUACGUGUUGCUUUCAUUGAUGAGAGAGAGGCUCCGACUGGAAAUGGAACAACAGAGAAAACAUAUUAUUCUGUUCUUGUCAAAGGUGGUGAAAAGUAUGAUGAGGAAAUUUACCGCAUCAAACUUCCUGGCAAUCCGACGGCUAUUGGAGAAGGAAAACCUGAAAAUCAAAAUCAUGCCAUAAUCUUCACUAGGGGAGAAGCACUCCAGGCCAUUGAUAUGAAUCAGGAUAAUUAUAUAGAGGAGGCAUUUAAAAUGAGAAAUGUGCUGGAGGAGUUUGAGAGUAGAAACUAUGGAAAUAGCAAACCCACUAUAUUGGGCCUACGUGAGCACAUUUUUACUGGAAGUGUUUCAUCACUUGCUUGGUUUAUGUCCAACCAAGAGAUGAGCUUUGUUACCAUUGGGCAAAGAGUUCUGGCAAAUCCUCUCAAGGUCCGGUUCCAUUAUGGUCACCCAGAUAUUUUUGAUAGACUCUUCCAUAUCACUAGGGGUGGCAUAAGUAAAGCCUCAAAGACUAUAAAUCUCAGUGAAGAUAUCUUUUCAGGUUAUAAUUCAACAAUGAGAGGGGGAAAUAUUACACAUCACGAAUACAUGCAAGUCGGUAAGGGGCGUGAUGUGGGAAUGAAUCAAAUAUCUAGCUUUGAAGCUAAAGUGGCCAAUGGCAAUGGUGAACAAACAUUGAGUCGGGACAUCUAUCGACUUGGACGCAGAUUUGACUUUUACAGAAUGCUAUCUUUCUACUUUACUACAGUUGGGUUUUAUUUCAGCAGCAUGGUUACUGUGCUUACUGUCUAUGUAUUUUUGUAUGGGAGGCUGUAUCUAGUUUUGAGUGGUCUGGAAAAGUCUAUUCUGCAGGAUCCACGUAUUGAGCAGAACAUCAAGCCUCUUGAAAAUGCUCUCGCUUCACAGUCUGUUUUCCAACUAGGAUUGAUUCUUGUCCUCCCUAUGGUCAUGGAAGUUGGCUUAGAGAAGGGGUUCCGCACAGCCUUAGGAGAGUUUGUAAUCAUGCAGCUUCAGUUGGCCUCUGUGUUCUUCACAUUCCAGCUUGGCACCAAAACCCACUACUAUGGGAGAACAAUACUUCAUGGUGGUGCUAUAUACAGAUCUACAGGCCGUGGAUUUGUCGUGUACCACGCAAAGUUUGCUGAAAAUUACCGCAUGUACUCCCGGAGCCACUUUGUCAAAGGACUCGAACUGUUGAUACUUUUGGUUGUAUAUCUAGCCUACGGAAGUUCCUAUCGCAGCUCAAAACUGUACCUAUUUGUCACCUUCUCCAUAUGGUUCCUGGUUGGUUCUUGGCUCUUUGCGCCAUUUAUCUUCAAUCCAUCUUGCUUUGAGUGGCAGAAGACGGUUGAGGACUGGACAGAUUGGAGGAAGUGGAUGGGUAACCGAGGGGGUAUUGGCAUGUCUCUGGACCAAAGCUGGGAAGCUUGGUGGAUAAGCGAGCAGGAGCACCUCAGGAAGACUAGCUGUCGCGCCCUUCUGUUAGAAAUCAUCCUUUCACUUCGUUUCUUGAUCUACCAGUAUGGCGUUGUCUACCAUCUUAACAUAGCACGUCGCAACAAAAGCAUUCUGGUAUAUGCAUCGUCAUGGGUGGUUAUGCUCGUUGUUCUAGUUGUCUUGAAGAUGGUUUCAAUAGGGCGGCAGAAAUUUGGAACAGACCUGCAGCUUAUGUUCCGCAUCCUCAAGGGCCUUCUCUUCCUUGGUUUUGUCUCAGUGAUGGCGGUCCUGUUUGUUGUCGGUAACCUCACGAUUUCUGAUGUCUUUGCUAGUAUUCUUGGGUUCUUGCCUACUGGAUGGUGUAUUCUUCUGAUUGGACAAGCAUGCUCACCAUUGCUUAAGAAGACCAUGAUGUGGGACUCCAUCAUGGAGCUCGGGCGGGCGUAUGAGAACAUAAUGGGUCUCGUUCUCUUCCUGCCCAUCGGCUUCCUGUCAUGGUUCCCCUUCGUCUCGGAGUUCCAGACGCGGCUGUUGUUCAACCAAGCCUUCAGCCGAGGCCUCCAGAUCUCGAGGAUCCUCGCCGGUCAGAAGGAUUUCGGUGAGUUCAAAUGACCCAGCUUCAUCUAUCCAGUGAACUCACCUCGGAUGGCAAAGCAAGGCACCAGUGCUAUGUUUGUCAUGAUGGGCGUCUGUAAUGUACCUUCAUGAGGUCUACUAGCUUCUGGACUUGGAGUUAUUAGUUGGUCUAUCAUUAUUAUAUUGUUGAUGUUUUUCCUUUGUAAAGUGACAAAGUAACUAGAAUUGACACCUACUGGUACAUUGGUACCGGACUUCACGUAUACACAUUCUCAUGAAAUUAUUGGACAAACUUACUCAGGAUUA